AUGCCUAGCGUACCGGCUACUCAGUUCGCCAUCAACCUGGCCACGAGCGGGCUGGUGAACGACAGCACAAGAGUGGAGGUCCCGUGCUGGUGGGCAAACGUGGCUCCUGGGCCUCGUAUUACAUGGUACCUCAACCUACCUUUCCACGUAGGGCCUCGUCCAGGGUCGGAAAAAAACCUGCAGGCCGUGCCUCUUGCCGGACACCCGUUGAUGUCCUCACGCUCUCCACUGCGGGAUGGAGGGAGAGGAGGGGCCAUCUACUUGGUAGCUCGUGAGGCACUGCCAGGCAAGCCAGGGUACGAGGCGCCGAGUACGACGAGGGUGUCCAUCGAGAAGGUUGUGGGUGUACCAUGUACCAUGCUCUUGCUUCCUCUUCAUCCCCAUCUAAAUACCCUUGAGUCGCUCGUUAAGACUUCCUUCUCCUUGGUUUGUCCUCCUCAACUGUCGUUUCUUCGAUCCAGUCAUUCGCUUACGGCACGAGAAACUUCCGAACAACAAGACAAGAUGCGUGGUAUCUUCCUGAGUCUGGGCGCCCUUGCCCUGGCCACUGUUGAGGCCAACAAGUACCCUUACUGCGAGAACGACAACUGCUACCGCAACCUCAUCGACACUCGCUUUAAGUCUGAGGCUGAUAAGCUCUGCCCUCAGUGGCUCGCCGGCACCACCACCGCCGCCGCCGCCGUUCCUACGGCGUUCAGCAACUGCGAUGCUACUGCGCUGUCUUCUGCCUGCUCCUGUAUCACCUACUGGAACACCCACGUUAGCAGCACCGCCGUCCCCACGCCCAGCUCGUCCUCUUCCGUUCUCUCCACCUCGGAGGCCCCCGCUCCCUCGAGCACCGAGACUGAUCAAUGCGACGACGAUUACACUGACGUGGAAUCCUCGCAACCUGCGACCUCCUACUCUGCGUCCUCCUCUCACCCUGUGUCCAGCAUGCCUGCUGUGACUACAGUGGCAUCUGAGGCCCCAGUCUCCUCCAGCACCGAGGUGGACCAGUGCGACGACUCCACCUCGGAGGAAUCCACGCAACCUGCGACCUCUCACCCGGUUUCCAGCAAGCCUGUCCAGUCCACCAUCAACACCCAGGCCCCAGGUCCUUCCACCACGGAGACUUCCACUGAGAGCCGCCCUGCCCCUUCGAGCACUGGCAAGGUGUCUACCACCACCAAGGGCUUCCCCGUUCCCACCACUACAAAGGGGCUGAACACGACCGUCCUGACGACCGCCCAGUCGACCGACAAGACGACCGUUCGUACGACCGUCCUCACCACGUCCGUCUUGACCACCAACCCCGUUCCCACCACGUCCGUCUCCAGCUCCAACCCCGUUCCCACCACGACCAAGGGCCUGAACACGACCGUCCAGACGACCGCCCAGACGACCGUUCGUACGACCGUGCUCACCACCUCGUCCGUCUUGACCACCAACCCCGUUCCCACCACCUCGUCGGUCUUGACCACCAACCCCGUUCCCACCACGACCAGGGGGCUGAACACGACCGUCCACACGGUCGACUUCACUACCUCGUCCGUCUUCAGCACCAAACCCGUUCCCACCACGACAAGGGGACUGAACACGACCGUCCACACAAUCGACUUCACCACCUCGUCCGUCUUCAGCACCAACCCCGUUCCCACUUCAACGGAGAAGACCACGGCCGUCUCCACGUCCGACUACAUUACCUCGACCAUCUACACCACCCAGGUCCGCACCGUCACCUCCUGCGCCCCUCACGUCACCAACUGCCCCAACGGCCCUCACGUCGUCACUGAGACCUACGCCGUCACCACCACCAUCUGCCCCGUCAGCGACACUGAGAAGACUCAGACUGACAAGACGGAGACGACCGUCGAGACCCCUGUCACCACUCAGCCUCCUCAGAGCUACACCGUCUCGACCGUCUACACCACCCAGGUCCGCACCGUCACCUCGUGCCCUCCCUACGUCGUCAACUGCCCCAACGGCCUUCACGUCGUUACCGAGACUAUUGCUGUCUCGACCACCCUCUGCCCCGUCACCGAUGAGGUCUCUGGCCCGACUCCCACCCCUGGCCGCCCUGCUGCCGAGCAGCCCCAGAAGCCUGAGCAGCCCCAGAGCCCUGAGCAGCCACAGCAGCCUGGGCGCCCUGCUCCGGCUCCCGCUCCCGCUCCGGCUCCCGCUCCCGCUCCUGCUCCUGGACAGCCUGGGCAGCCUGCUCCUGGGCAACCCGGGCAGCCUGAUCACGCCGCUCCCCCUGCUCCCGAGCAGCCUGUGCACGGCGCUUCCGUUCCUUCUAACCCUGAGAAGCCCGAGAAGCCCGAGAAGCCUGAGCUGCCUGCUCCCACCGUUACCACCCUCCGUAACGCCGUUCCCACCGCUCCGGCUCCCGUUCCCACCACCUCCAGCCCUGUUGAGGUUGGCGCCGCCCGCCGUCUCGGCUCUGGUGUUGAGGUCCUCGCUGCCGCUGCCGCCGUCAUGUUCGCCCUCCUGUAA